GGCAUGUGACUCUCGCAAUCUAUAGACGCCAAGUUCAUGGUCCAUCUGUAUAACUUGUGAUAUCCCCUGCUUGCUAUUCACGGGUAACUCCUCGACAAAAGCAGAUUGUUUCUAAAUUGCUCUCUGGUAUUCAACAACCUCAAUCUCUGCAGUCAUGAAGUAUCUGAGUGUAUUGCUGGUGGCAGCUUGCGUGGUGAGCUCGCUGUCGAUGUCGUUCACUGACUUCGACGAGGAUUGGAACCAGUGGAAGAACGAACACGGCAAGCGAUAUCUAAGCGAUGAGGAGGAAGCGUCGAGGAAACUGAUCUGGGAAAAGAACCUCGACAUCGUCAUCAAACACAACCUCAAAUACGACUUGGGCCACUUCACCUACGCACUCGGAAUGAACCAGUUCGCCGACCUGCAAAAUGAAGAGUUCGUCGCCAUGAUGACUGGUUUCCGAGUGAAUGGCACAUCAAAGGCGGCUAAAGGAUCCACCUUUCUCCCAUUAAACAACAUCGCUGAUCUCCCAAAGACCGUCGAUUGGCGCACCAAGGGUUACGUAACUCCUGUCAAGGACCAGGGACAAUGUGGUUCAUGCUGGGCGUUCAGUACCACAGGAUCUCUGGAAGGACAGCACUUUAAGGCAACGGGUAAACUGGUGAGCCUGAGCGAACAGAACCUGGUCGACUGCUCCGGCAAGGAGGGCAAUGAAGGGUGUAACGGAGGUCUUAUGGACCAAGCCUUCCAGUACAUCAUUAAAGCAGGAGGUAUUGAUACAGAGGAAAGCUACCCCUACAAGGCAGUGGAUGGCGAAUGCCACUUCAAGAAGGCUAACAUAGGUGCUACCGUCACUGGUUAUACUGACGUCACCUCUGGUUCUGAGAAGGCACUGCAGAAGGCUGUAGCCCACAUUGGUCCUAUCUCGGUCGCCAUUGACGCCAGCCAUAUGUCCUUCCAGCUUUACAAGUCUGGUGUGUACAACGAGCCCGAUUGCAGCUCUACCUUGUUGGACCAUGGUGUUCUCGCAGUCGGCUAUGGAACCACUAGUGAUGGAACCGAUUACUGGAUUGUCAAGAACAGCUGGGCAGAGACUUGGGGAAUGAAUGGAUACCUGUGGAUGUCUCGUAACAAGGAUAACCAAUGUGGCAUCGCUACCCAAGCUAGUUACCCUCUGGUGUAAUCGCCAUGCAAUAUUGCUUCCGCCAUGAAUCUGUUCGUGCAAGAACAUCAAGUCAUUUCUGAGGACGUCCAAUAACACUAUGGUCCACUUCUCACUUCAUAUUAUGGGCUUAACAAUAGCAAAUGACAAUCAAAAUAACACUAUCCAUGUGCACAUGUCCAUCCCAAGGAUUACUACAAAGCACUAUUACUCCGGCUUUGGCCAAAGUUCCUCAAGGCACUGUGACCACACCCUAAAGCUUUACUCAAGAUAGCACAUUUUAGAAACAUAAUUAAUAAUGAUAAUAACAGAGCUGAUGUGCACUUCGUCGAUGUAUUCGAGAAAAAAAAGGAUAAGAGGUUAUUAAAAAGGAAUUCAUGUGAUAUUGAUAACAAACCGAGACAUCGACGGGUCAUGUAAAACUUUUUUAUCACACAUUGUAUUACCUCGGGGAAUAUUCCACCCUGUACUAUCAUUUGGGAUGGAUGUCGAGACUGUACAAUCACACUAUCCAUGCAUCCCCUUCUGAUCUAAAUAGGAUCAACAUCGAAUUAAAUAGGGGCAAUUUAACCAUGUCCCUAGAUUGUCGUUGGUUCUAAGAAUGCAAUGUAACAGUUGUAAGAAUACGUACAUUUCCAAUAUUCAAUAAGUGGGAUUUUAUAUUCAUGUUGCAAUUCAAUUUUAUAUUUCUACGUCAUGAUUCGUAAUCUGUAUAUUAUUUUUGCUACUUGUUGCAUUUCUAUUAACAUGAUGAUAUUUCAAACAAUCAUUGAGUCGAUUAAAAGAUUAUUUCUCACCUCA